AUGAAAGAUCCGUCUUUUCAGCAAUGGCUUCUUCCUCCUAAACAACAUGAAAGCGAACCAUCGUGCAAAGUGUGCUCGAAGAAAUUAACUUGUUCAAAAACUGCUUUGCAGCGACAUGGAGAGUCAAUCCAUCACAAGCAAGCUUAUGCAAAUGCAUCCAGACAGGUUAGCAUUCACAACAGCCUUCAAAACCAAGACAGCGCGAACGUAUAUAAGGAGAUCACACCGGCUCAAGUAGUAGCUUUUAUUGCCGAACACAACCUUCCCCUUAGACUGGCGCCGUUUCUGUUAGAUUUGAUAAAAGCAAGGUGUCCUAAAAAUAGUCAAGAAACAAACUGUCUUCGAAAGAUUGAGAUUGGUGCCACAAAAUGCACAAAUGUGAUUCGUCAAGGUAUCGGGCUGCAUUAUGCACAAGAGUUGAUCGAUAUCUUGCGCCGCAAGAGAUUCAGUAUAAUUCCAGGUGAGACGACGGAUGUUUCCUCAGAAAAGCAGUUGGCAGUAUGUGUAAUGUACGUUGACGAAACCGAUUUGUUACCAGUAACUAGAUUUUUGGAUAUUGUGGAGGUUGAUAACUCUGGAGCAAAUGGGUUAUACCAAGCGAUAAGAGCGAUUUUUCAGGAAAAAUUUAUUCCUCUUUCCAAUAUAAUUGGUUACUCGUCUGAUACUUGUAAUGUGAUGUUUGGAGAAAAUCUUAGUGUGUCCACUCUCCUGAAAAAAGACUUUCCACAUGUUACUGCUGUGAAAUGUAGUUGCCAUCUUAUUCAUUUGUGUGCUUCUCAUGCCUGCUUAAAACUUUCGAAAUCACUGGAAGAUUUGUGUAGAAAUAUCUAUUCGCACUUUAGUCGAUCAUCACUCCGUCAAAAGGAUUUUAAGCAGUUUCAAGAGUUUGUGAAAGCGCAACCCCACAAGAUGCUGAAACUUUCCCAGACAAGAUGGUUGUCUCUGGAGAGUUGCGUUAAUAGAAUUCUGGAGCAAUGGGAAGCUCUCCGUCUCUAUUUUAUUGCGUUUGUGGCUGAUGGCAAAGAUCCGUCUUAUACAUCUGAUAGCAUUUUGAAUGCCUUGAAUAACAAGUUCGUGCUAGCGCAGUUAGAAUUCUUAAGUGCCCAGUUCAAACGUCUCAACGAAUUUAACACCAUGUUCCAGUCGACUGAACCGUUGUUACAUUACCUCAGAGAGGAAGUCACAAAGCUCCUGAAAGAUAUUCUUAGUGAUUUUAUUUCAAUAGACGUAGUCAGGAAAGAGGAUCCUUUCACUAUCGACCUGGAUUGCAUGAAUAUCAGAUUGCCUUUGGAUAAAGUGUAUAUGGGAAUCUUGGCUACAAAUACCUUGUUUGAACUGAAAGAUGAUACGAAUGUACAGACAGUAAAGAAAGCUUGCGUAGAAUUCCUUGUUGAACUAGUCAAACAAAUAAGAUCGCGUUUUGACAUAAAAGAUCCAAUUUUCAAGUUGGUAGAAUUUCUUAUUCCAAGCAAUGCCGUUAAGUGUGUACUGUUAAGAGCCAGAAGAAGUUGUCCCCGAAGAGACGUCAACUGUUUUUUGGCAAAAAAGAUUGAAUGCCAAAACUCUCAAUGGAACUCUUAA